AUGUCGCAAGGAAGCUGUUCUUCUCAAAUUAAGUGUCGUUGUGGCAUCUUUGCAAACCACUUCACUUCAACGACUCCACUAAACCCUGGAAGGCGAUUUUUUAAAUGUCCGAAGCCUAAGUUUCUUCUCUGGUUUUUUUGUCUUCAACAAAAUCGUUCUUGUGGUUAUUUUGAAUGGGAAGAUGAAAUCUCGUUGAACAGUGAUUUGGUUACAACUAAAGAUGUAACAUCGUCUUGGGAAGCGAUUAAAAAUGAUAGGGAUAAAUUGAAAGAAGAAUUAAUUGCCAUGGAGGCUCUACACAAAGCUAAGGCUGCAAAAGUAAUUAAACUGGAAGAGAAGAUUUUGGAGACGAGGAUGAUGCUUAUGAUCUCAUGGGCACUCUUUGUUGGAUUUGUUGCGGCGUCGAUGAUGAAGUGA